AAUAGUAGAGAGAGAGAGAGAGAGAGGGAGAGAGAGAUGUGUCAAGCUUCAAAAAAGCUAAGGUAAUGUUAUGUGAUGUGCUGGAAUAGGAAGCUUUGAGAGAUAUCAUCAACAAUUUUAAUUAAUUACUUCAUCUUACUAUAAAUCUCUUGGGAUUUUCAAGAGAAACUCUUCAGAAGUCAUCUUUCCUUUUUCCAUCUUUCUUUACACACGAAGAUACAUACACAUAGAUACAGAGAGCAACUAUAUAUAAUAAAUAUAUAUCAUCUCUCAUACAUAUGCAUGGACUCUACUAAUCUCCAUCAGCUUCAAGAUCAAUUACAGCUUGUGGGGUCGUCUUCUUCUUCUUCUUCCUUAGAUAAUAACUCCAACCCUUCUUGCUAUGAAGCUUCCUCUGUCCAUCAAUGGAGUCCAGGAGGUAUUUCUCUGAAUAGUGUGAGCCUGAGUCAUAACUUUAACAAUGAGAUGUUAAACACAAGAGAUCAGAACAACAACAACAACAACAACAACAGAACAAGUGAAUGUAUGAGUCUCUCUAACAUCCACAAUCACUCCUUGAUCCAACAAGACUUUCCUUUACAAUGGACACAUAACGAAUCUUCCUAUCAUCACCAUGAAGGGCUUCACAAGGUCAAGGAAGAGCUUUCCUCAGCAACUACCUCAGACCAUCAACAAGGCAUGCUCAGGUUCACAGACAUGUUAAACAGUCCAGUGGUCACAAACUAUUUGAAGAUCAAUGAACACAAGGACUACACUGAAAAGCUUCUUCUCAAUACUAUAUCUUCUGGCUUCCCCAUCAAUGGAGAUUAUUCCAGCAGCCUUCCCUCUUCGUCUUCUUCAUCUUCGCCUUCAUCUCAAUCUCACAGAGGCAGUUUCAGCCAGAUUUACCCGAGCGUAAACAUAUCAAGCUUGAGCGAGUCUCAGAAGAUAAGCAACAUCCCAAGACCAUUUGAUAUGAACAUGCAAGUUUUGGAUGGAAGAUUGUUUGAAGGGAAUGUCUUAGUUCCUCCUUUAAAUUCUCAAGAGAUUAGAGGAAAUUUUACUCCUUUCGGCCUCCCCUUUCAUCAUCAUCUGCAGCAAACACUUCACCACCCUUCUUCUUCUCCUGGUCAUCAAAUGGAAAUAUACAGUAACGAACCUCAAGCAAGUGAAGGGAAGAGACAUAACUUCGUGAUGGCGCCAAAGGCAGGAGAAACUGCUUCCAAGAAACCGCGUGUGCAAUCACGCUCUUCUUGCCCACCCUUCAAGGUGAGGAAAGAGAAGUUAGGAGACAGAAUAGCAGCUCUGCAGCAGUUGGUUUCACCAUUUGGGAAGACAGAUACAGCAUCUGUACUAAUGGAGGCAAUUGGAUACAUCAAAUUUCUACAGAGCCAGAUCGAGACUCUAAGCGUUCCCUACAUGAGAGCAUCUAGGAACCGACCAGGAAAAGCCUCCCAACUGGGCUCACUACCACAAGAAGGGAGUGAGGAAGAGACGAGGGAUCUAAGAAGCCGUGGGCUAUGUCUCGUGCCAUUGUCAUGCAUGACUUAUGUUACUGGAGAUGGUGGAGAUGGAGGAGGCAGUCUUGGUAGUGGCUUUUGGCCAACCCCAACUGGUUUUGGUGGUGGAACUUAGCCGUGCACUUAAGACACUGUAGGACGACUAUUGUGUUAUCAUUAUCGGAUUUGGAGGUAGAAAAUGUUGGAGGUGGAGAAAUAGUUCUUUAAUCUCUUUUGGUUGUGGUUUAAGUUUCGAUUUUGACAGUGGAGCAAAGUUGGUCGUCCUGAUUAAAAAGGGGAAGUAAAACCAGGAUAGACCAGCUUUGAUCCAUUUAUGAUUAGUAAUGAGACUUGACGAUAUAUUUCUACUUGGGGGCUUAAUUAAGAUCGAAUAGCUUUGGCUUAUUUUGUUCACCUCGUUUUAUGUCAUUAUCGUUGAUCAACAUUAUUAUAUACCAAAUAAAAAUAUGUUAACAGGCU